GCAAUGAUAGACGACACCGAAUUGUGAAAGAUUGGAUUUUGCUUUCAGCCGUGAGCCCUCACUUCAAACAAAUGGCAGGAACUUGAGAUGAGGAAACUGAAAACUUGAAAAAUAAGCCCAAAAAAUGGAGAAUGGAAUUGACGUAAAGAAGUGUGGCAUUAAGUUUGACCCGCCCUGCAUUAUUGUCAGCUAUGAAAAAGAUGGGAAACUUAGACGUCGAUCAAUGCCACUGAGAAAUUUCACAAAAAAUUCCAGCGUUGACAGGGCAGCAGAAGAAUUGUUAACAAAUCCUCGUCACAAGAAAUUUGUCCAUUGUCUUCCAAAAAGCCAAUUAGAACGCCUUAUUACCAUCAUCAGUGAUAAAAUGAAAGGGAUGAGUCUUGAGGCUAGCCUUGCUCGAAAUGCUGAGCUUGAUAAACUUGAUCCAGAAGAAGACUUGAAUAAGGUUGAUCCUGAGACACUUACACGGAAGAAAGCUGUAAUGGAAAAUACAUUUGAGAAAAAUCGCAUUAAACCUGGAGAUGCAGGAUUCGAAUAUGAUAAGGAAGUGAGUUUCGAUGAUGCAGUUGAAUCCUGUGAUUGGGAUGAUAAUUCAGAGGAUGAAAGUUUCUAGGUUGUAGAUUUUCAUAAAGUUACCUAAUCAAUGCCAGUCUUGAUAUUGUUAUGGAGGGCUAUUCAAAUAGCCGUUCGUCCAUUGUCCGUCCAUCCGAAAAAAAAAUUUUGUUAUCACUUUUUCUUGGAAAGUACUGGACAGAUUUUUCUCAGAGAUCAUAUGGGGUUCCCCUCAUUACCCAGUUGUGCCCAUUUCAAUUUGGGACUGAUAAAAAAAAUAAAAUAGCUGACAGGCAGCCUUCUUGGAUUUUUAGGUCACCUGAGACAGAGUUUGUUAUUGCUUUUCUGGACUAGAUUGAUCUGUCUCAGAUAUCGUAGGUAGGUUCUCCUUUGUCCCUAGUUGUGUCUGUUUGAUUUUGGGACUAUUCAUAAAAAGAGUAUUGUUGGAUUUCAACAAUGAAAGUUUGUUAUCAUUAUUUCUUUAGAGGAAUGUUCAAAUUUUACAUGAUUAAGAGCAAAAACAGAUUAGAGAAAAGAAGGGAAAAGAUCCAACUUUUAAAGGACAAAUAAAGAUCAAACAAUGGUGGACGUCAAGAUCCUUCUGGUAUCUCUUGUUUGUGUACAUUUAAAACUAUCUUUUGGUCAAUGCAAAUGUAAACCAGAAUUCUUAACUUACUAUGUUUGUUUGUGAAUUUUAGAUUUUUUUGGACUGCAAUCAUUAAAUGACAACUGUUCAAAUUUCCUGCCAAGCAUGGUUUGUCCAUCAUUUGUCCAUUCUGAAAUAAUUUUUUUGUUAUCUGUAUUUUUUGGGAAGAACUGAAUGGAUCUUUCAUAUAUAUAUAUAUAAAUAGUUCCCUUGGUCCAAAGUUAUUUACCGUAUGUACUCUAUUAACAACAAGAAUCUCACUUAAUAAAAAAAGCACUUGUUAACCUUGUUGGCUUCUGCGACGUUAAGUAUACGAUAUGUGGUUAAUUAAAAACCAUUGUAAGGCAACACAACAUUUAAAUCAUUGUCUUUCAUGGCUUAUCACUUAUCAUGAAUUCAACAUUUAGUAGUUUAUCAUACUUUUUCACCAAAUCUGGUUUUUCAUUGUUUUCAUUAUUUAAUAUAAGGCCCUGAUUCUUGACUCUUAUUACCAGGUAUUCUUCAAUUUACUUGCUGGGCCGUUUAAUCCUAGCCUAAUGACCAGGUUUUCUUCAAUGAUCAAAACUAGCCUUUUGUAAACAUGUUGAAUGUCUUAUUUAAUUAUUUUGUACUUUGAUGAAGUAAAUAUGUAUAUUUAUUUUGUACAAUAUAUCAUUUAUCUUUAAGUAUUUAUAUCAAUAGGAAUAUAAACAGUUAUCAUUUUUAUUUCAUUUAAAAUCAUUGUUUUUCAUAUUCUUUGCAAAUUUAAUCUAUUGUUUAUGUUUUUUAUUUCUGCUAGUGACGUGUGUUUCUAAUCUAUGUAAACUCAGUUGGUAGAGGGUUGGCUAACACAACUUCAGUAACUCAGUUGGUAGAGGGUUGGCUAACACAACUUCAGUAACUCAGUUGGUUUAGGGUUGGCUAACACAGCUUCAGGUAAAGACCCUUAGAAUAUGGUUUACCUCUCCCUACCUGUAGCAGUUUGUGUUUCUCAAGAAUUUGAGAAACAGACCUAUCUGCGUUCUUGGGCAAUAGAUUUUACCUUGAUGGGCCUCCUGUAUGUUGUUCAGUGAGGUAGUCUAUCACUACUACAAGGAGAGUAAUAAACCAGUCAGCAAACUAACAAAUCAUGUUAAUUUUUUUUUUAUUAUUUGUCAUAUUAACCACUUUUCAACUGGAUUCAAGAUGGAGAGUUGAUAAAACGUAAUAAUUAAUUAUUACUUAUUGUACCACAUGGGUAGUGCUAAUGAUUUUAAAGAAUCAGUUGCCAAUUGUGUUGCUUGAAACAGCAACCAGUUUUUUGAAAAUUCAGAGCCAGAGAUAGCCCUGCUUAUGUUCCUGAUCCUGAUGUCAAAUAUCAAUGUUGAGUGUGACUUUCUGCUAAGGUUAUUUACUAGAACUGCACUCCAUCUUUUAAGGCCAGUCUCACAACAAAAUUGAUAUCGACAAAGGGAAAUUAUAUAUUUAUAAAUCAUAAAGAGAAAACAUGAAUAAGAUGUGUUCAAGAUUUAUCAUGUGAAAUAAUCAUUUUAUUAUGCCAAUAGAUGUUCAGAUGUCACAUAUGAAAUCCUGCUUUAGAAAUCAUAGAUUAGUAAGUAACAGACUAUUGGCACAAAAGUCUUCAUUCAGUCAUUUAUGACUACAAGAGAAAAAAAAUAGUCUGAAUGUCCUGCAUUUUUCAAUCUCCAACUACAAUUUUUUUUCUUUAUGUACUGGAAGUUAAUGUUAUCAGGGUGCUGUUUUAGGACAUGCCUGUAAUUUUACAGUUCUUCAAGUUUACAAGUGGGUUGUGAAAUUGUAUCCAGCCAUAUAUAGCCUAGAAGUGCCAAGCACGUUUCAUCUUUUCAUCCAUAGGGAUAUACAAGAUAAUAACACACGUUUAUCUGGUGCUAAACCUGUCACAAACAUCUAGAUCACUUACUCAUCCAUCUGUGUAAAUCUGUCACUAAUGGACUCUUAUGUCACAGUCAAAGAUAGCAAAGAAUUGUUACAGAAAAGCUUGGAUUCUCAAAAUAAAUACUAUCAAAGUUGUGAUGUUUUGUACAGAGUAUACAGCAAGUUGUUUUUGUUCAUUUUGUCUAAAAUGUUGGAUUCAUUAUACAAAAAAUGUUGAAUAUCUAUGGAUUUGUAUACAGACAUGACUGGUAAUAAGUCCACCUAACAACCAAUGCUGUAAAUUCAUUCAUUUUAGUUGGGCUGAGAAUUUGUAUUUUCUAUAAAAAUCUGAAUGUUCUUUGGCACUUGAUUUUGUGGAUAAAUAUCGCUGAGGAAAGCAGUAGUGCUUAUAAUGUCCUAUAAUCAAUGUUAGUAUUGAUUAGUUUAUCGUCUCAUGGACAUUUUACUUUGUUGAGAAAUCACAAAUUCAUCAGAGAAAAAAAAACACCAAGAAAAUUAAUGAUUUUGCAGAACAUUAUGUAUUUCAUUUUCCUGUGAUAAACUCAACCCUAAUGAUGAGAGUUGACAGGAUAAAUAUGUACAAUGGUGAAAAUUAUUUCAUUCAAACAGGAAACACUAAAAAGGUUUAUGCCAUGAAUUUAAGUUUCUGUACACUAACCAAUUUGCUGAUAUAUGAUGUCCAAUUAUGAUUUGAUUUGUAUCAAUAGAUAAAUAAUUUACUCAAAAGAUGUUUUAUACUCGUACUAGAAACAGUAAUAAAAAUAAUUUGACA